AGUUGGAUGUUGAUUAUUACUUCGGAUACGUAAUGGCAUAAUUGCAUGCAAAACAUCAGCAGAUGAAUGCAAUGAGCCGCACCACUGAACACAUGCAGCUUUAAAUUGUAUCUGAUUUGUUCCUUCCGUGCUUUGUUUUUACCUCAGACUUCAGAGCUAUAUUACACAUCUGCACACAACCUUUUAGUAAAAGUUUUACAGAUGAUCCAACGCUUUCAAUUAACCUCAUUGAUUAGAUGCCGUUUCUCCAUCACCACAAAGCGUUCUCAGUGUACUUCAGUCCCGUCUCUCAUAAUGGACAAAAUGAUGGAAGCAACACAUUCAGCAUCUCAACCCCCUCCCCUUCAUUCGCCAGUAAAGACAGAAGAAGAUGAACAUCCUACGAACACCCUCAUAACUCCCAUAGGCUAUAUAAAGUCAUGUUUUAAGAGUAAGAAUGGCACCCCUCGUCAGCCUUCAGUGUGCACCUUCUCAAGGGCAAAGCUAACGAUCCUAAAGGCGGCGUUCCCUAAUCCGCAACAUUCCAUCCAGGGGCUGGACAAGUUUUCACAUGUCUGGAUACUGUUUGUAUUUCACAAGAAUGGUGGAGGUAAAUUUACCAAGGCUAAAGUGAAACCCCCUCGCCUGGACGGGGCUAAAGUUGGAGUCUUCUCAACAAGGAGUCCUCAUCGGCCGAAUCCCAUUGGCUUGACCCUGGCAAAACUGGACAGAAUCCAAGGCGAUACGCUCCAUUUAUCAGGUGUUGAUAUCAUCGAGGGCACACCAGUGCUGGACAUCAAGCCCUACGUACCAUCCUACGACAAUCCAUGCUCUAUUCAGCAUGGACAAACCUCCUCUGUCAUGUCGGAUCAGGAAAACAUCAGCUCUAAGACCCUCACAGACUCUGCCGCAACUACUUCGACCCCAAGCACCAUGCCAAACGCUGAGGGAAAUCUGCACCAACAUCAUGACAGCAACGGUAGUGAUGAACUCGUCCAAACUGUGAAUUUACAAAAUACAGGCAGUGAUGCUGGGGUUACUCCCGAAAAUGAAGAAAUUGUCAGUGCAGGGAUUGAACGCACAGCUGAACAAGUGGACGCUGUGUGUAACUCCAGUGUCUCAGCACACACAGAUUGCAAGGAGCAACUAAGGACAACAUCGCCAACUUCCGGUAUUUCUCAGAAUCACUCAGAUGGCAGUCAAAACACCACACAUUCGGAAAACAGAACAUCUUCAAAAUGUGAAGCAGGUGAUUGCUCAGAUGCACCCUUGCCAAGCCAGAGUGAUGAAUAUUCAUUGCCUGGGUCAAAGGUUGCAGUAGCUGAUUGGAUCCAGCACCCACCUAUCACUAAACUGACUGUGAGGUUUACUGAGCAUGCUGCAGCAGAUUUGAGACGGUUCAAGACAUCUAGUAUUGAUAGUCCCCAUCAUCUUGAGUUUCUCCAAUCAGAGCAAGAAGCCACCAGUGCAAUCUGUGAGAUACUCCAGGCUGACCCAAGGUCCACCUACAGAAGGAACAGCUGUCAAGACAGAUUGUAUUUCUUCACUGUUGACACGUUGCACGUAACAUGCUGGUUUGGAGCUGAUUUUGUCGAGGUGGUUAGAGUUCAACCCGUUAGCUUCGCUGACGUUCCUAAGCAUUAGACUCUUGGCUAAGGAAUUUCAUUGUACGCAAUUUCUAGGUAAAUGCUAAGUGAAAAUGUAGUGUUGUGGCCGAGCCGAUAAGAUCUGCGGACUCGAGCUCAGGAUCAGCAGAGUGUACAUAUGUAGGCUCGAGUCCUGGUCGUGACACUUGUGUCCUUGAGAAAGACACUGAAACCGUUAUAGGUGAAUUAGGGUUCGAAUUCAGGGGGAAAUUCCACAAGACUGCUGGGGUUGCAGUAGCAGUUGCUAUACUUUGCCUUUAUUUUAUGCAUGAAACCAACUGAUUGAUGAAAUUGAAAAUUCAAUGAGCCUUUUUGAGGUGUGGUGGACAUUGUACAGGUAUAUUGUUUGGUUUUGGAAACUACAGACAAAGUCGCCUGAUAAUGUGUCCACCGUAUCUCAAUGUGGCUCUUGAAGUCCAUGGUUAUAAAAAUUACGGUUGAGGAUUUGGUUUUCUUGUUUACCAAAUGCUGUUGCAGGCAAACACAAUAAGCCACAAACUACUUCACCAUCAAAACAAAGUAUCUGAUAAUAUUUCUUUGCUGUAUUUUAUUUAGUAAUAUUACAGUGUACCAUCAAAUUAUUAAAAAUACAAAAUCUACAUUUACCGGUACAGCGUUCUUAAGCUGGCAUUUUGAACAAACCAUUCUUGACCUUAAAACCUGAAUUGUUCUUUUUGAAUUAAAACCUCAAACAUAAAAAGUGCACAGUACAUGUGAAAAUAUUUUGUAGAAAUCAUUUGUGAUUUUUACCCAAAAUUUGUAACAAUGAACUGACAAAUCAGUCUUUGAGUCUUAACAUUUGAUGUGUAUAGUAGCCAUAGAGACCUGGGCCCAAUUUCAUAGAGACGCUUUUAAGGCAGAAAAUAGUGCUUUACAACUUGUCUGCUUAACGAAAAAUGAGCAGGAUCCAUA